AUGAGGUUGCUUCUUCCAACUUCUUUGUCGGCCGUUGUAGCCACGGCUCUGGCUUCGCCUUCCGUUACCAUUGAUGCUGGUACUCUCAAGGGUGGAAAGUGCAGCAGUGGUGCGGUCUACUACAAGGGCGUUCCAUUUGCAGAACCUCCGGUCGGGGACUUGCGAUUCGAACCUCCCAAGGCCUACAACAAGAAGUACUCAAACGGAGUACUCAAUUCAACCAUCUCUGCUCCAACUUGUAUUCAGUUUGGAAAUCAAACUGUGCCAUCUGGAAAGAAAUCCGAAGACUGCCUUUACUUGGACAUUUGGGCUCCAUCUAGCGCGACAAAAGACUCCAAACUUCCUGUCAAGGUUUGGGUUUUCGGCGGAUCCGACACUGAAGGAGGCAUUGAAUACCCUCUGUAUGAUGGUUGCAACCUAGCCGAGACAGGCUCAGUUGUUGUGUCAUUGAACUACAGACUCGGGCCCCUCGGUUUCUUAGCACUCAACAGUGCUGGAAUUUAUGGUAAUCAAGGCAUUCAAGAUCUUAUUCUUGGAUUUGAAUGGGUUCAGAAAAGCAUUUCUGCUUUUGGCGGUGACCCUGAAAAAGUACUCGCUUUCGGACAAUCAGCCGGUGCUACAGACGUGUACACUAUUGCGACUCUUGCUGAGGCACCGUCUCUGUUCAAGAGCGCCAUCAUUGAAUCAAUUGCUCUACCCCAAUUGACAAAGAAUUUGACUGCCCAAAAGCUCGGUGCCUCGUUUGCGAAGGGGCUUUCAUGCGGUCUCAGCGACAAAUCCUGUCUCCAGUCCGUUUCCUCUGCCGAGCUUCAGAAGGCAUAUUAUGCCGAUUCCUAUAUCGACUCAGGGGUCGGGGGACUUAGUGGAAUUGGUGUUUCCAAUAGCCAGACGCCUGAGUUCUGGCCAAUUGUGGAUGGCACUGUCAUCAAAGAGAAUCCUCUGCAUCGUGGAGCACAAGUCCCGGCAGUCCUUGGAUACAACCAACAGGAGGGCACUCUGGAUGCCAUCGGGAAGUAUCCGUCGGCCGAGCUCAUCGCAAACCUCACGGCAGCUGAUUACAAGGCUUUCCUCGAAGGAGACUUUGGCUCCGCAGCUCAGACUAUCGAGAAAUAUUACCCGUUAUCUGUGUUUGAGUCUGCUGUCAAGGAAGCCGGGUUGACGAGUGGAGCCGGUGUAUUCAAGGCCAUUUCGACGGUCAUCACGGACGCACAUUUCAAAUGCCCGACAUAUGAGAGUGCGAAGUCUACCGCACGCAACGGUACCCCGGUAUGGACCUAUGAGUUCACUCACAAUUCCACCUGUGCGUGGCUGGAUACGCUCGUCGCGAUCGCAGACGAUUUGUCAUUCCUUGGUGCUGCUCAUACUGCCGAAAUCCCAUUCGUGUUCAGCAAUUUGGAUUUCAGCUAUUCCGAAGACAAUUAUACCUGCAGUAGUUCGACAGCUGAGAGGGAAUUGAGCAAUGAGAUGAUCAGCCUAUGGACUGCGAUGGCAGAGAAUGGAAAACCGUCGACCAAGGCUAUUCAAUGGCCGGAAUUCAAAAUUACAUCAACGGGCUCGAAGACCCCUGGAAUGGUCUUUGGAAACUCGAGUACGCCUGGCCAGAUUGACUACUCCAUCUGCAAGUUGUGGGCCCAGGUCAGCGCUUUGCUGGAUGGAAGAAAUUCCACGGCCACGGCAAAAUCGUCUUCGAGCAGCAGUGUUACGCCUACCGCUUCACCGACCAGUUCUUUUGCAGUAAGUGGCGGAGUAACUGUUUCCCCUUCAACCGGAGGCUCCAUCCUUUUGAGCGCUGUUUUGAUGGGAGCCGCUAUCUUGAUGUGA